AAAAAAUUGAAAAUUGAAAACCGUUUCUAGUUUUUAAAAAAAGAAUACAAUUAAUGACGUUUUGAUAUACAAAAUUUUAACUUGCUUCAGUCCAAUCACCAAGAGAGGCCGUUAAGUUUCCCGCCAUUCUGUUUGAUAACAAACAACUUCCUCAACUGUUACAAAUUAUCAACAUAAACACCAAUCCAUUUUCUUUCUUAGUACACAAACACUAUUAGUAUUUAUUCUCCUCAUCGCUUCCAAUUGCAUCAACGCAAAAUGCUUCUUGUUCCUGAUUAUGAUCCUUACAAUCCACUUCCAUUGGAUGUAAACGAAGGUUUGGAGCGCUGCUUAGAAUUUCAGUCCUCGAAUGCCCGUAUUGAGGAUCGCAUCAAGAGCACACUCAAUCUUUCUUGCCGAUUUAGGGCCAUGCUUGUGAUAUUCAAAUACUCAAAGCACGAAAACCUUGAUCCUUUGAUACCCUAUCUUGCUCUAACCUAUUUUGAUCGCUUUUUCACAAGGGGAAAUUUUUUGCCGCGUGUAAUGGGUAGCAAUGACCACAAUGUGGACUUAAUGGCUAUAUGCUGCCUAACACUUGCUUGGAAGUUGAGAAAAGGAAAUUUCAAACUCUCUAAAUUUAAGGUAGAUAAACCAGAACUUGAAAUCCUUACAGCGAAAAAAUUAAUGGCAAUGGAGUUUGCUAUCCUCGAAGGACUCAACUGGGAUCUUCGUGUUUUGACAGCCCUAUGCUUUGUGCCGUACUUUGCUCCUAAGUUUGCCUUCACUGAUGGACUCAGUUACAGAACCAUCAGUGAAAUCAUUGUAAAUUCUCAAGAGAUAAAAAUCAAAAGACAGAAGCCUUCGGUUAUUGCUGCGUUAGCUCUUCUUGUUGCUUCCUCACAUCUGUAUCCUCAGAAAUUUCACAGUUUUCGUGAUCAAAUGAUAUCCGAGGGAAUCAUCGAAGAAGUGCAUAUAAAGGACUGCGUGGAGCUUAUGAUUGAGCUGUGUAAUUCUUUGGAACUUACUUUUGAAACUAUUAAGCCUCAAAGACUGGUACAAUCAGAAGUGAAACAUGGGCAACACUGUGAUGCAACAGCUGAAAAAGAGAAUGUCCAAAAGUAUGAACAACUGGCUGGUGGAACACAUGAACUACCCAAUACUGAAAAAUCCCAAGAUGAUGCUGCUAUACAUGAGGUUAAUGAAACUUCAAAACAAUCCACCACUGAAAAAACUAAGGAAGACAGUGCUGAUGUAACUGAAGUAGACGCUGCUGAGAAAUCUACACAAGGAGCUGAUGAAGAAUCUGAAGUAGCUGCUUUAGGGGAAACUACGCAAGGAGCUGAUGAUCCAUCAUCUAAACAAUUCCCUGAUGAAAAAUCUGGACAGCUGGCUACUCAAACAUGCGAAAAAUCAAUUGCUGAAGAACCUAAACAGGUAGCAACGGACCUAAAGACAAUGACUACCUACACAAGCUUGCAAAGAGAAGCUUAUAAGGGGAAGAAGAAAGUGGGAGAGACAACAUCAGAAAUGGCACAGAUGGCAGAAGAGAACGAAGAUGGGAACUUAAACUUUCCAAUUAGAUGGCCACUGGGAGAACAAUACGCAAAACAGAUGAUCGUCUUUCACAGUGACUCUGAUUCCUCAGAAUCAACUCUAAAGCCUGCUAAAAAGAAAAAGGAUAAAACUGAACCAGAACAAAGUGACGAUGACAGCAGUAUGGAUACAGAGGCCAGAGAACCAUCACAAGAGGCCAUGGAGGAGGCUGCUAUGAGAGCUGUUAUGAGAGCCUCGUCUCGAGAGAAAGUGCUGGACUGGCUCAAGUUCCAUACCCCAUGAAUGCAUGGUGGUACUUAACUGCUGCUACUACAAGUUCUUCAACAACAAACAUGACACAUCGCAAAUAUGUACAGUCAAACAUAUGUUUUGACUCUUGGCAUAUAUUUUAACUAAUUUUCGUUCAUUUCUUCAACGUCGUUGAGUGAUUUACUUUGGAUACCCAAUAAACUAAUAAGAGUAAAAUUAUACGAAUCAGCGUAGAUGCUUAAAUAAAUUGAAAAAUACGGUAUGUUUUGUUUAUACGGGAUUGAUAUUUCAAGUCAAAUAUACGGUUUUAUUUGUUAG